AUGAAUGUCAUUGGUUCAGAGUUUUUCGGGGGUGAUCUUGGUCCUUUUAACCCAGGGCUACCUGUCGACGUGCCUGUGUGGCUGGCCCUCAAUCUGAAACAGAGGCAGAAAUGCAGGAUAGUGCCACCAGAGUGGAUGGAUGUAGAGAAACUGGAGGAGAUAAGAGAGCUAGAGAGGAAGGAAGACACAUUCACCCCUGUCCCCAGUCCAUACUACAUGGAGCUGACCAAGCUGCUACUCAAUCAUGCAUCUGAUAACAUUCCCAAAGCGGAUGAGAUCCGCACACUGGUGAAGGACAUCUGGGACAAGCGCAUCGCCAAGUUUUGCCUCUCCGCUGACUGCUUCAUCAGCCAGCAGGAAGCACACACCAAGGUAUCAAUCAAUCAAUCACUGAGGAAGUUCGAUUAG